AUGCGCACUUCGCGCGCUUCAAAGGACACGGCGAAAGCUUUACAAUCGCUGUCUAAUCCCCGACGCCAGACGCGAAGCAACACCUCGGUCAACACUGCGCUGCGCAGUUUCGCCUACGAUGCUGACACUAGCGUAAAAACCGAGUCUCCGAUCGUAAAGACCGAGUCUAUCAUAUCUGAAUUCCAACGGCCUGUCUCCGAUGAUGAGUCCUCUCUUUCAUCGGUCAGUACAGCAGACAUCGAAGACCUGAUCGAACCACGAGUCAAACGCCAAAAGCGCAGUACGAGUCCGUCUGUCCUGCAUGCUGUCAAAGAGGAAGAGAAGGAGGUGAAACCUAAGACUGCUAGGACGCGGCGUAUGCCCGCGAGGAAAACUCGUGAUGUCGAUGGUGCGGUCGUUGUCGAGCCGCCGUCUGAUUGGGAGGUUAUGUACAAUACUGUCAAGAGGAUGCGCGCUGAUAACCCUACUGCUCCUGUUGAUACUAUGGGCUGUGCGGAGCUCUACUGGAGGCCUUCUGGACCAAAAGAUCGGAGGUUCCAGACUCUUAUUGCGUUGAUGCUUUCGUCGCAGACCAAGGAUACUGUCACGGCCGUUGCGAUGCAGAGGCUACAUACCGAGUUGGGCCAGUCGAUAAAAGCUGAGGAUGGAAUCAAGACUGAGGGCGAAAUCAAAGCAGAAGAUGAGAUCAAAUUGGAGGAUGUGGUCGAAUCGCAUAUCAAAUCAGAAGACGGCGUCACCAUCAAAUCGAAAGACAGCGAAAAGGACAGCACGCUUAACCUGAAGAAUAUCCUCGCUGUCGAUCCGACAAGACUGAACGAACUCAUUCGCACCGUCGGCUUCCACAAUAACAAGACUAAAUACAUCAAGUCCGCCGCCCUAAUCCUACGCGAUCAAUUCAACGGCGAUAUCCCCUCAACACCAGAAGGUCUCAUGAGUCUUCCUGGCGUCGGACCGAAAAUGGCUUACCUCUGUAUGAGCGCUGCUUGGGGAAAAGAUCUAGGUAUCGGCGUUGACGUGCACGUCCACCGCAUUACCAAUCUGUGGGGAUGGAACAAGACGAAAAACCCUGAGGAGACGCGUUUGGCGUUGCAGUCUUGGUUACCUCGUGAUAAGUGGCAUGAGAUUAACAAGUUGCUUGUUGGACUUGGGCAGACGGUCUGUUUACCUGUUAAGCGGAGGUGUGGUGAGUGUUAUCUUGCUGGGACUAAGCUCUGUAAGAGUGAGGUUAAGGGUCUUGCGGUUGUUAAACCUGAUCCAUUGGCUGAAGCCAAGGUUAAGAUUGAGAUAAGUUGA